CCUCUCCAGCCUAAGGUGUGCGAACAGAGCGCCACUGGGAGGCCGAAACCUUCAGGUCAAUGCCUGCUUGCGAGCCCAGGCAAGCUGGAUUCUGGUCCCCACCUUUGCAGAGAGAACAGCGAUGUUGUGCGCCCAUUUCUCAGAUCAAGGACCGGCCCACCUUACUACCUCCAAGAGUGCUUUUCUCUCUAAUAAGGUAAACUAGCUGAUAAAACAUCUACUUUGAAAACUGGGUGAGGCCAGGCAUGGUGGCUCAACCUGUAAUUCCAGCAUUUUGGGAGGCCGAGGCAGGCGGAUUCCUUGA